CGGACUCAUCAUCGUUGCUUGUAAAUAUGGCCGCUGUUCUCCCUUCAAGAGCCUGCGAUAGCAACCCUGCCACUCCGGGAACACAGUCUUUAAAGGAUGACACUGAGGAGAACUCCAACGAUGGGAGUCAAGCCCCCAAAAGGCGGAGGAUGGGCUCUGGAGAUAGUUCCAGGAGUUGUGACACGUCCAGCCAGGAUCUUGGGCCCACAUAUUUCCCAGCAGAAAAUCUUAUAGAGUACAAAUGGCCCUCAGAUGACAGUGGCGAGUACUACAUGCUACAGGAACAAGUCAGCGAAUAUCUUGGAGUCACUUCCUUCAAGCGCAAAUAUCCAGAUUUGGAAAGGAGAGACCUUUCCCAUAAAGAGAAAUUAUAUCUGAGGGAGCAAAAUGUCAUCACUGAGACCCAGUGUACCUUGGGUCUUACCGCUUUGCGCAGUGAUGAGGUCAUUGAUCUGAUGAUUAAAGAAUACCCUGCCAAACACGCAGAGUAUUCGGUUAUCCUGCAGGAGCGGGAGCGACAGCGCAUCACUAAAGAGUACUCUCAAAUGCAGCAGCAAACCCCCCAGAAGGUUGAGGCCAGUAAAGUGCCAGAAUACAUAAAGAAAGCUGCGAAGAAGGCAGCCGAGUUCAACAUUAGCUUUAACAGGGAGAGGAUGGAGGAGAGGAGAGCCUACUUCGACCUCCAGACGCAUAUCAUCCAGGUGCCUCAAGGGAAGUACAAAGUCCUCCCACCAGAAAAAACCAAGACAGGGCCUUACCCAGUGGCCCUCAUACCUGGGCAGUUCCAGGACUAUUACAAAAGGUACUCUCCAAAUGAGUUGCGCUACCUGCCCCUGAACACGGCGCUGUACGAGCCCCCUCUGGACCCAGAGCUUCCUGCACUGGACAGCGAUGGAGACUCGGACGACGGCGAGGAGAACAGGGGGGAGGAGGGCAAGAAGAACAAAGGCUCCUCGGACAGCUCCUCUGGAAACACGUCGGACGGAGAAAGCCCUGACAACGGAUCACAGGCCAAGGGCAAGGCCAAAGAGAGGGCCGCCCCACCUGCCAAAGACGCUUCCACACGCCCCCUCCAACACAAAUCUGUCCCCGGGUACAAGCCUAAGGUCAUUCCAAAUGCAAUUUGUGGCAUAUGCCAGAAGGGUAAGGAGUCCAACAAGAAGGGAAAACCCGAGGCUCUCAUUCACUGCUCCCAGUGCAGUAACAGCGGUCACCCGUCGUGCCUGGACAUGAGUGCGGAGCUGGUGGCCCAGAUUAAGACCUACCCCUGGCAGUGCAUGGAGUGCAAGACCUGCAUGGUGUGCGAGCAGCCGCACCACGAGGAGGAGAUGAUGUUCUGUGACCAGUGCGACCGAGGCUUCCACACCUUCUGUGUGGGAGUGGACUCCAUUCCCCUGGGUUGCUGGGUUUGUGAUUGUUGCAUGAAGGAAAUUUCUACCCCAAAGAAAAAAGGAGCAACAAAAACACCAAAAAAGUCUAAAGCUGGGAAUAAAUAGGGCAUAAAUGUGAUUGGACAGGUUGAAAUUCACCUGCAGAAUGUGCUUUUUUUUAAGGAGUGUGAGAGGUGAUGAUUGUUCACUGUUUUCUUUUGUAUUGUAUCUCUCAGGAUGUCGUAAAGUCAUGUAUAUAAUGCUUUGCUUUGUCGCCUUCAGAAAU